AUGGCUUCAGAGUCCAAAAUUGGAUAUCCCACGCGAGAGUAUAGAAUCCCGUAUGACAAUUCUGCAUCUCUGGACCUUCAUACUGAAUGGUACUUGAUUCUCACUUCCAAUAAUUACCAUUUCUAUUUCAACAGGCUAUUGAAACAGUCAUACUGGCAAUUGGCAGACAUAGCUGCCGAAUUCAAAGAUGUCGACAUCGAAGAAUUUGUGCUGGCUAUCAACUUCGAUGUUAUUUCUUUGAUGUUCGCCAGGAAUGUGGGGCUUAAGGGUUUAGAUGGCUACUAUUUUGAAAAGCAGGAUGCUGAUCAAGACACGAUAGAAGUAGAAGAGUUUGAAGAAGAGGAGGAAGAAAUCAGGGAAAGCGAUACUGGAGAUGCAGAAGAAGUAGAAAUCGACGUCGAAGCCAGAGACGGCAUGAUCAGAGAGUUCUUACUAGAAGAAGGGUACGAAGUAAAGGAAGAGAAAGCGGAAGAUGAAGUCAAAGAAGAACCAAAAGCCCCAACGGGAAUUUCUUUGGUUUCAGGAUACUCUUCUAGUGAAGAGGAAGACGACGAAUCUGGAGAAGAAAAACCUGCUGAGAAAGGAAGUAAUUCUGUUGAAAAAAACGAUCAUCAUGAUAUAUCACAAGAUAAAGAAGAACAAGUUGAAGAAGUUGACGAUCUUCAAUCUGAUGAGUCUGAUUCCGAAAAUAGUGGCCUAGACCUCAAUAUUUCGGAAGAUGAAGAUGGCUCAGAAAGAUUGCAAACGUCAGCAGUUACAGAAUUCAUAGAGCUUUUGGAUAUGUUUGCCGAUCGAAUAGACAAAUACCAACCUUGGGAUCUAAUUGAAGAAGAAUUGCUUCCUGACUUCGUCAAACAUCCACAGUACUAUGCCCUUGAACAUGCUUCGCAAAGAGAGGAAGCAUUUGACGAAUGGUUGAAGAGUAGAUCCCAGAAAGAAGAUAAUUCUUCAGAGAAAGAAGUCACACAAGAACCUCCAUUAUAUCCUACACCAACUUUGGACUUUUACCAUUUCCUCCAAGAUCAUAAAAAGGAACUAAAGUCGGCUACAUACCAGGAAUUUUACAAUAAGAACCACGAGCACAUUAAUGAUGUAGAUCUCGUGUCUAAGGAGAAAGAAGCGCUUUUCCGAAAAUUCAAGAUCAUGCUCCAGGACCAGACGGAAUUCGAGAAGAGCGCUAAAAAAUCGAAAGCAUUAUCCCCGGGAAUCAACCUAAAGAGGUAUAAGUUAGACGAGUUUUUGUCUACCCAAGAAUCCGUCGAAAUCCAUCCCGGCCAAUUACAGGAAAUUACAAAUAGCGGAAGUACAGACUACGGAAAAUGGCUCGCAUUAGCUAACAAAUUAAAUCUCCGCAAGGAGUUAAUUGAAAGCACUAAAAACUUCAUAGUAGGUGACGAGAAGAGACUAGCAGCUUACCUAGAUAAGUUUUCAAGUAAUUGA